AUGCACCCGCUCGCAACAGGGUUCACCUUCUCCACCGGGCGUUCGGCAUCCGCAUCUCAGUCAGCUCAGAAAGAUGACGAAGAUUCCAUCGACGAGAAGUCCGCCGCGGUGAACGACACUUCCGUCAGCGAGAAGGCACUGGUGAAGACCGUUGCACGGACCGAAUAUGAGGAUCGGGACUGGGUAGUUGUGCCCAGUAACCCUGAAGACGAGCCCGAGGAGAAGCCGGAGCCGAGAGAAGUGUCUGUCCGCGCCUAUGCCCAGGUUGCGCGCUUCUCGACCGAAUUUAAAUUGAUUCUCUUCAAACUCAAGCCCGACGUCCCGUCCUCCAAGAUCGACGAGAUGCGCGCCGUGGGUGAAGCCAUGGUCGGCGUUAUCCCUGGACUUAGGUCGUUCACCCUCGGUCCGCCACUCGCGAGCACCGCACACCGCGCGCAGGGCUUCGACAUGGCGCUGAUGACCGUUCUGGAUACCGAGGAGCAGGUGCUGUCUUACGCGGGGCACCCGGCACAUCAGAACAGCUUCUCUAUCAUGAACACAGUCUCACCAAAAGAGCCGCCAUUCCCAGCAGAGCACCAGCUCUGCACAGAGCUAGACACACUCGACGAUGCAUCGCCAUCAGCCCAACCGCGCCGACUGCCAGGAUAUCCGCGCACGUCCCUCCACGACAAAAUCGGCAUGUUAGACUUCCUCGAGCGCGAGCACUGCUCCUCUGACUUGGAUCGCAUCGCGCACAGGCUGUGGUGGAUGUCCUCCCAAAACAGCGCCAACAUCUCCCCGCUUCACCGCCAGCGCGUGAAGCGCCGCACAAUCGUCAUCACCGAGGAGGCGAAGCUGCAUCUCGUCUGGAUCCACGACCGCAUAUUCAUCAAGCCACUUCCGCGGUAUCUCACCUCCCACGCCUUCUGGCGGCGCUACCUAACCGUCCCGCCGGGACCGGCGCCGGGUAGCGGGGUCGGAGUGGACCCCGAGGCCCGGGCCCGCCGCGACCGGAUCCGGAGGGCGGCGCUGGGGUUUCUGAGGACGUGCUUGCAUCUCGUGCGGUACGAGUCCGACUUUCACAUCGCGCAAGACCCUGCACUGCGGCUAAUACCGGAGGGGAUAACGUGGGAGGAGUUCUGUGAUUUCACGGCUGGUCUUGCGCGAGUCGGCGACCACGAGGUGUCCGGGCGGUACGGGUACGGCGAGAUACGGCUGACGCGGCUCAACUUCUACGCGCCGUUCUUGCUGGGGAGGUCGUACUUUCAAAGGGUGGAGUAUCAAUACGCAGCGUACUUUGCGCACUUUUACGGGCCCAUCCUGUUCGCAAUCGGUAUCGUCUCGAUCGUGCUGAGCGGGCUGCAGGUUGCGGUGGCGGUGGACACGGCGGCGCCGCUGCAGGCUGCUGCGUUGUGGUUUAGCGUGCUGAUGAUUUUGGGCUUCUGUAGUGUUAUGUUUGUCAUGUUCUCAAUUCUUGCGUGGAAGAUUGCCAUGGAGUGGAAGUUUGCUAUUCGGAAUCAUGUUCGGAUCCUAGAGGAAGGGCUGCCUCCGCAAGGCGCGAACUCGGAAUGGCCGCUGGCGAGAGAGGUCAUCGCUCGCAGUAAGGCUAUGAUGAUGACAGCAAAGGAUGAAAACCGCCAGGCAAUCUCUGCAGAUCACAAAGAUCUCAAAGCAGCCUUCACAAUUGUCGAUCGCAACACUCGGGAGUAUCACAGAGACUCCGGAAAGAGACGCGUCGAGCAGCGUGCCGAGGUUGAUGAUGAAAGCGAUGAUGAUGUGGCACCUAGAAAACCAAAGAGACGUGCCGAGCAGCCUGCCGACGCUGACGAGGCAAGCGAUGAUGACAUACCUAGAAGGCGAUCGCGACGUAUCCCGCGAGCCUUGAACGAAGUGGCCGCGCUUAAGGCUGCCCUUCAUAAUGCCCGCGAUCGACUUGCCUCGGCAGUACUGCAAGCCCUCAGGCCGCGAAGCCGGCCAGGCAACCAGGCACCUGGGGUGUCAGAAUUGCUCGGUCAAGCUGGAGGCCACACGCAAGAAGUUGUUGAGGAGACGGCGAGGGAGGUCUACAGGAUCGAAGGUGAAAUCCGAGACGCGAACGGGCGGUUUGGUGAUGUGGUUUUUGGGAUGGUAACGCAGGCGUUUGGUGUCAACGGUGCUGUUUGCGAGGACCAGGUUAUUGCCUCUGCUGCCACUCGAACCCCCUCGGUUCUCGAGAACCAUGCGGCUGCUCCUCAGGCUGCUGCAGCUCCCAUCUUCCCUCCUCUCCCCGCUGGCCCUGUCGGAACUUUCAGACGUGGUCCCUCGGUGGGCCCCGCCAUUGACCCCUCGAACUUCGUGGCCAGCUUCGGUCGAGUCCAUUCGAGAAUGACGGAUGGUACGAACGAUCCGAGACUGAUCGAGGCCAUGAAUGAAGUCUCGAGACUCAGAGCCCUCUACGACAACGCCUGUGGCCGGUUGGGCGAGGCGCUAUUUGAGGCCAUGUACAGGGGUAACAACCGCGGCUGA